AUGUAUCGUUGGUUGGUCGUAGUUGCUACAAUUGCUGUCACAGUUCCCCAGGUAUACAGUAACGGUAGCGAAAUUGAACCUGCAGUUCGUGUUGUUCGGAUACAGAUUGACUAUCCAAAUGCUGCAGUUUCGAGUACUAGUGACUAUCCAAAUUGGAAUCAUAUUUUACGAAACAGUGUUUUAGCAUCAUUACGUUUUGUCAACAAACAUUGGUUACUGUGUGGUGAAACAAAAUUUGAUAUGUAA